AUCGAUAUUUUUGUGACGACGAAAUGUGAUCAUUAGUUUCAGUUAGUCGACCUGCACGUGGAGGGAGUAGCUACAGUGUGAAACCUUGUCUCACGAGGCGAGCCAGCAUCAGUUCAAACAUUAUUUCUUCUGUUCUAAUAGAUAUUUCUUCACUUCCGGGCGGCGUCCUUCAGGCCGCGGCUCAUGUGACAUCAGUGAGGCAGCAAUACUCCGCAGUAUAAAAGGCGGCGCGUUCCUCCUCGGUCAUCACUUGUGAUCAGCUCUAGUUACACUCGCCAUGGGUCUCAAGGUUGUCCUGCUUUUCGCCCUAGUGGCCGCAGCCCUCGCCCGCCCAGACACGCCCUACCAACCUCCAGCUUCCUCCUACAACGCCCCCGCCCCAGACGCGCCGCCCAGGUACGACUACAAUUACGCCGUGGUGGACGACUUCUCCGGCAACAACUACAAUGCCCAGGAGGCGCGUAACGGCUACGACACCCAGGGAUCCUACCUCGUGCAGCUGCCCGACGGCCGCCUGCAGAGGGUCACCUACACCGUCAACGGCGACUCAGGCUUCGUGGCCGACGUGACUUACGAGGGCGAGGCCCAGUAUGCCCCCCAGAGCUACGCCCCCGCCCACGCCCCCGCCCCCUCCUAUAGGCCAGCGCCAACCCCGCCAGCCUACCAGUGAGCACCACGCACCACACACUGUACACAAUUAUUUAUUAAACCAUUCAUGACCUGCACCUCUUGUUUCACCAAAAACUCG